AUGUCCGACUCCAAGCAAGCAGCACAGAGUUACCAAGAAAAGAUGGUUCGUCAAAGAGAGGAAGGAAAAAGUCUGAUGAACGAUGUAGAGAUUCAUCGCGGAGAUGUUAUCCUAGAUUUGGGCUGCGGUACUGGAGAGUUGUCUGCGUAUUUGGCCGAGCUCGUAGGACAAGAUGGACGAGUCGUUGCCGUUGAUCCUGAUGUCAAACGGCUUCAAGUGGCUCGAGAAUCACACGGGGAAGUGAAAAAUCUCGCAUUUCAUGAGGGAAGUUCUUCAAACUUCCCAAGAAUGGGUUCAGAGACUUAUGACAUCGUCUUCGCCAACUAUGUGUUUCAACGUAUCCAGGAUAAAGAAGAAGCGUUCAAGAACAUGUUUCGGAGCCUAAAACCAGCGGGGAAAAUUGCCCUGUCCUACGGCGAUCACUUUCUUUCUGGAUUUCAAAAAAUUUAUCGUGGACUUCAAAACUCAGAAAUGAUUGAACUCAUGCUAAGCAAACUUUAUUUCGAGAGAAGGUCAAAAAUUGAGGGCAUGUGUUCGGCUGCGGGAUUCGACAUCGUGAAAAGUGUCGACGUCAAGAUGAAAGAUUUUGAGUUCGAAAAUGUUGAAAGUAUGUGCUCAUUUUACUCGGUAUAUUUGCAAGAUGCGUUUGAUCCAAAGCUCGUCACGAAAGACAAAUUAUCGAGUUUUUGUGCUCAGUACACAAGUGGGAUAAAUUCUACACCGCUAAAACUGUAUACUGAUGAAGAAGAUUACUAUUGUAUAUUGAUAGCAGCCAAAUCACAAAGAACGUGACGGCCUUUUAGAUUAUUGUUAGAUUUGCAUCAGAGAAGCUUGGUUGCGUACUCGAGUUCCUGUGGAAUCCGUAAUAUAUCGUUUAUGGCCGGAACGUUUGUAGUGUAAACGAAAUGACCAUUUAGUUUGUUGUGUGGAAACAGUAAAGCACUAUGUCCCUGAUUAAAAACAAUGUCAGUGAAGCGAUGAGAAUCGGCAUCAAUGUAACCGUUUUUGUUUUGAAUGCGUGAAGUUAUGAAUUUGUUUCCCCGAAAACAACACAUUUAAUCUCGGUAACAUUUAUGAAGCCAGAAAUUGAUUGAUUUUCUUCAGUUAACCUAGUCCUUCCAGUGGGCGACAUUUCGUGUCAGAGACUGUGUAAAUUUGGUCAUAUGCAUAUGAGUAAGGUUAUGGUUGAAUUUGCAAAAUGUUAGAAUACUUUUCAACUACUGCGUAGGCGGGUAACACAAGGUAAUUAUUAUUGCGGUCCGAUGACGUUCUCUCGUUACGGAGCAAUGUUUAUCCGCGCUGAUAAAUCAGAUCUUUUUUCUUUCUCUUAAGGUAAAGUAAUUUUCGUUUUUAGAUUUUUCGUUACGCUCUCAUAAUGUUACAAAAAUGAAAACAUCAGUUAUAUAGAGUGUCCCUCCCCAAACAGCCAAAAAAAUAACUCUUGCAUGCGUUCCAUGCCAAUGCUUUCUUAAUGGAGGGGAGCUGUAGAUAUAGCGAAAUUAUGGAGAUGACCUCGUCAAUUAUUAUCAAUUGUUUGUAUAUAGAAUAAGGAAGAUGGUAAGUUUUGAGACAGGUAAAGAAAUAGAGAAAGAUAUUUUCAGUCUUGUCACGAGCGUAGGACAAAGGAAAAGAAAAAGAAAAACAUCCGAGUUCCCAUGAAGAAUCGAACCUCAGACCUUCGGAUUCCGUGGUCCGCGGUUUUACAAUUAAUAUGUCGGGAUAUCAGCCCUGUUUGAGCCAAUCGUGACGAUGAGUUGCAAGCAAAUGUUAAACGUAUUGUCUCUUUGUACGCACCAAAAAUUUUAGGUUGUAAUUUUUUUGACCUAAGUGAAGGGAGGAGUUCCACAUUUAUCGUGAACUUAGAGCAAGGAAUAAUAACUCUUUCGAAAGUGUUCUCGUUCCGUGGCAGUUUCCUCGACAAUCAUCAAUAGUGAGUUCGCUCUUUCGCUUGCUUCCACCACCUGAGGGCCUGAGUCGGGCCUGAUACCUGAUUUAAUGUACUGGGACUAAAAAAGCACAGAAGACUCUGUUACCUCUGUCAUAGCAUUGUGAAUAUAGAAAAUAUAUUUUCAAACAAGUUAAUGAAAAGUUCAGAUUAAGAAAAAACUACUGAAGCCAAAAACCCUCUCAAAUUGAUAGCAUUUGAGCAAGCCCUCAUAAUAAGGGGGUCCAAUGUACGAGGGUAACUUCGCCCUUGUAGAAGUUUAGAGACCCUAAACAUAGCCUUCGUGUGGCUGUACCCACCCCAACAAGGUACUCGCCUCCAUUUCACCUAGGUGGGGGGGGGGGGGGGGGGCGGGGACGGCUACACAUAGGACAACAAAAGACGGCGAGAGGUCUUCGGGUGGUCUGGCACUAACUAUUGGUGCCAGAUCCCUUGCAGACCUCUCGCGGGAUUCGGUGGCCUAAACUUCAGCAAGUAAUCAAAAUGUCUAAAUCCAAAGAUGUUGCAAAGAGUUACCAGCAUGUAUCGCUUUUUCAAAGAGAGCAUGGACAAAAACUGAUCGAUGACGUAGAGAUUCAUCGCGGACAUGUUAUCCUAGAUUUGGGCUGCGGCACUGGAGAAUUGUCUGCGUAUCUCUCCGAGCUCGUAGGACAAGAUGGAAGAGUCGUUGCCGUUGAUCCCGACAGUUAUCGAGUAGAAGUGGCGCGAGAAUCACAUGGGGAAGUCAAAAAUCUCGCAUUUCAUGAAGGAAGCUCUGCCAACUUCCCAGGAAUGGGCUCGGAGACUUACGACAUCGUCUUUUCCAACUUUGUGUUUCAUUGGAUUCAGGAUAAAGAAGAAGCAUUCAAAAACAUGUUUCGGAGCCUGAAACCAGCUGGAAAAAUUGUCCUGUCCUACGGGGAUCGCUUACCUUCCUUCGUCGAUAAAUUUUAUCGUCAACUUCAAAACUCAGAAAGCAUGGAACGUAUGCUAAGCAAACGUUGGUACGAGAGGAGGGCAAACAUGGAAGAGAUGUGUUCGGCUGCAGGACUCGACAUCAUAAAAAGUGUCGACGUCAAAAUGGAUGAUUUUGAGUUCGAAAGUGUUGAAAGUAUGUGCUCAUAUUUCUGGGCAACGAAUCAAGGCAGGUUUGUUUCAGAGUUAGCCACGAGAGAUAAGGUAUCGAGGUUUUGUGCUCAGUACACAAGCGGGGAAAAUUCUAAACCGUUGACGGUUUAUACUGAUGAAGGAGAUUAUUACUGCGUAUUAAUUGCAGCCAAACCAUAA